AUGAAGCCCCCCCUGCUCUGGUUGCCACCCUCUGCCCCCAGCCUGGCCCUGUGUCCGUCUCCGGCAGAGAUGACGAUCAACACAGAACCGAGGCAGAACUUCUGCUGUGAGCCUUCCUCCUCCCUGCUGCUCCAGGCCUGGAGUCCCUCCCCUUCCCCGUCCGGGGCGAUGGCAGAGCAAAAUUCCUGCCUGGAGGAAACGGAGCCGCCUGCAGGGAUCCGACCGAGUCUCCGUGUCCGGUUGCUGGCACUGAUGGAUGGAAGCCAAAGCUGUUGGCCCAGCCCAGCCCUGUGGCCCCAGGAGGAGGAGGCCUGCGAGCGAGACCCACAGUGCGGCAGUGGGACGUGCUGUGCUGUCAGCCUCUGGCUGCGGGGUCUGAGGAUGUGCACCCCGCUGGGGCAGGAGGGGGACGAGUGCCAUCCCUUCAGCCACAAGGUCCCAUUCCUGGGGAAGCGCCAGCAUCACACCUGCCCCUGUUUGCCCAACUUCAGCUGCUCCAGGUUCCUCGAUGGCCGCUAUCGCUGCUCGCUCAACUUCAAGAACUUCGACUUCUAGGAUGCCCAUUGGAUGGCUGUGGCAGACGCUGUGUUGAUGGAGAAUGUAAAAUCAACAAGACUGGGAGAAAGCUUCCCCACCCUUUUGUCUCCCCCAGUGAAAUGUUGUAUUUGGGGUGAAAAUAAAACAUUGCAAUGCCUGGGUUGAUUUUA